AUGGAUCUCCAAUACAACAAGCUCAACCUCUCCCUCCCACACAUCUUCUGGACUCUUGUGGACUUCCUGCGUCCGGAGAUUCUAACACGCCGCAAAGUCGCGAGCGAACGUCGUGGGAGUUCGACUUCAUGGCUGGACGGGCUACGUGGCGUUGCCGCGCUCACGGUUUGCUUCAUGCAUUUGUCGGUCUACGUCCACCCCGGUAUGGAACUUUGCUAUAACGCGGACUUGGGAUUUAAUAAACGCAAUGAUCACUUUGUGACGCUGCCAUUUAUUCGCAUUCCGUUUACGGGCGGACAUUAUUCUGUGGGACUGUUCUUCAUCGUGAGCGGGUACGUCGUGCCAAGACGUUUGAUCAAGCUCCUUCACGAGGGAAAGAAGCCGGAAUUCAUCGAUGCAGUCAAUUCAGCCAUGUUUCGACGACCGGGACGAUUGUUCUUGCCGGUGAUCUGGAGUACGGGCAUUCUGAUGGCGAGCUGGCACAUUUUUGGGAUUGAAAUGCCAUGGGGCAGUCAGCAGACGAAUAUUGUGUGGGAGACAUUCAACUGGUUUAGGGACAUGAUGUAUUUCAUGUUCUUCUUCAGGGAGAAGUUGCUGUUUUCGUGGUAUAAUUUCCACAGUUGGACGAUUCCGGUGGAGUUGAGGGGGUCGAUGUUCAUUUUCGUGUGGCUGUUCACCAUGCAUCAGGUGGCGAAUCGAGGGAGGAUCUUGCUGACGGUGGGGAUGACAUACUAUCUGGAAAUUCUCUCGCCUGGAGCGUGGUAUGCUUGCUUCUUUGCUGGUAUGCUGCUAGGAGAAUUCGACUUACUUGCGGAGGAGGGCGAUCCGGUGGACCUGCCGUGGAAUGGACUCACGCGGUACUUCAGGAAGAACAAGAGAGCUACACAGAUAAUAGCCCAUAUUUUCCUGGUUUGUGGUAUGUUUCUGGGAGGGCAGCCAUCUGCAGACUGGCAAAAGCCCGAAGAGAUUCUGGGCACUUGCCCUGGAUGGAUAACGCUUUCGAAGUUGAUUCCGAAGGCGUAUACCGAGAUCACGGACAUGCCUACUUACAGGUGGUUCUACAUCUUCUGGGCGGCCUUCUUAACGGUCGUGGCGAUCAACAACAUUCCGUGGGCCAAGUGGAUCUUCGAGACAGCACCAGCGCAGUACCUCGGCCGCCACUCCUACGCUCUAUACCUGGUCCACGGGCCCCUGAUCGGCAUCCUGUCAGAGCGCCUGUUCUUCCUGACAGGCGUCAAGUCACCCACGGAUCUCGCAUCUUUUGUGCGGUUCGGUCGCCUACAUAACAAGUGGCACGACUUACCCUGGUGGCCUUUACCUGACGGUGGACCUAGUGGUCUGGAGCCAAACUUCUUGUUUUGCGCGGCGAUCAGCAUACCGAUCUUUCUGUACGCUGCAGAGAUCGGAACGAAAACUUUCGACGCGCCGAGUGUGAAGGUAUCGAGUUGGAUGUAUAAAAAGGUCAGGUCGUUGUCGUAA